AAACAAACAGACAUAACCAUUAAUUUUUAUUUCCGACAGCUGAAAAUUUAAUUAUUUUAUCAAAUUCAGGAUAUUUCGCCUACCAAAUACGCUCGACUAUCCAUGAAUGAAUAUAUCAUUGUACUCUAUUUUUUUAUUUUUCUCAUUCAAAAUACAGUUGCUUACAGAGAAUAUGAAAUAGAUCAAGAGGUUUGUUUCAAAGAGGAAGGUUCCUUUCAUAACGAUUGCUCUCAAAUAGAAAAUAAUAACGAAAGGUAUAUUUUUUAUGAUGUCAAUCCCUCAGAGGGAUUCAAUUUGAGGAGAGAUGUGUACAGGAGGUUUGCGGUACUGGCAAGGCACUUGGCCAACUCCAAUAAUCCAAAACUGAAAAAUUUCAAGUUGGUUUUACCGCCAUGGUCCCAUUUGUAUCACUGGACUUAUUCAGAUGAGGCAGAAUUAAUACCAUGGGGAUAUUAUUUCGAUGUAUCCAGCCUGAAAGCAUUUGCUCCAGUAAUAGAAAUGUAUGAAUUUUUUCAAGAACAACAUAAACCUGGUAAACAUUUGACCAUAAUUGAUGAAGUUUAUGUGAUGAAAAAUUGGGAUGAAAUGAUGAGAUCUGGUAACUUUAUAAACAAAUUGGAAGUUUUAAAAUGCGAUCAAAAAGAGCCAAUUUCUUAUUUUUACUAUACAAAUGUUACCUCCAAUAAUGUUAAAUGCAUGAGAUUUCAUGGUCCUUCAACACUUUUGACUGAAAUUCUUGCAGCAUCUUCAGCAAAAACUAUUCUCUUUGCACAUGCUGAAGUCGCUCUUCAUCCAACUUUUGGAGAUUCACUUUAUUGGACUGCUAGAAGAAGCUUAAGAUACAAUAAGGAAAUGAAAGCUGUUGCUAAUGCCUUUAGAGAAAGACAUUUAUCGUCUACAAAUGAAGCAGAUAACAUUCAUUUAGCUGAUAAUUGGCAAGAUGAUAAGCCUAGAAGAAACGCUACAGGAGGACCAUAUUUAGCAGUCCAUAUGAGAAGAAGGGAUUUUUUUUUUGGGCGUCCUAGAGAGUUGCCCACAAUAGAGUUCGUAGCCAAGCAAAUUUCAAUGAAUCUCCAAAAGCUUGGCUUGUCAGUAGUGUUCCUAGCUACAGAUGCUCCACCAUCAGAUGUGGAAGCUUUAAAAUACUAUCUACCCAAAAACGUAAUUCUUGUGAAGUUUACUCCAGAAACAAGAUUUGUUGAGCACUAUAAAGAUGGUGGCACCGCCAUCAUAGACCAAUUACUUUGCGCUCAUGCUAGAUACUUUAUAGGUACAGGGGAAAGUACAUUCACCUUCAGAAUUUUUGAGGAGAGGGAAAUAUUAGGUUUUCCACAAGAGGCUACAUUCAACAUAUUAUGUGCCAAUGAAAAUAACUGUAAAAAACCUACAGUUUGGAAAAUCGUGUAUUAAUUCAUUUUACUAAUGUAACAAAAAUUUUAACUAGUCAGGAUAUACAAUCUCCUACUUUAAUAUGCAGUUCUUUAUUUUUCCAUAUACUCCAGUGUUAAUGACAAUAAUAACAUUAAUUUUUUAAUAAAAAUUCCAAAACUUCA